AUGAAAGAAUACAAGAAGAUCAGAGCUAAACCCAUCAUCAUCUCCAGGCAGGACAGAAGAGAGAAACAAGAAGAUUCCCCUGAAAAAGACACGCCCACCGAGAUCACACAGCCAGUUGAAUACGUUGAGACGAUUCUGUUGGGUAAAGGAGGCUUUGGCCGCGUCUACGCCGGCUAUGUAAAUGAUAUGAAGGUGGCCAUCAAACACAUCCCUUUGGACCUUGUGCAGUGGGUUAAAAAGGUGACAGAUGGUAAAACUCAAUAUGUUCCACUGGAGGCCAUGCUCAUGAAAGCAGCCACAGCUGGUCGUCCUGUUGGGGCCUCUGCUGCUGUCUCGCUGCUGGACUGGCAAAUCAAAGACAAUGAGCUGAUCUUGAUAAUGGAGAGACCGUAUCCCUGCUGUGACCUCAUGACCUAUGUUUCCCAGAAGAAAGUCAUUCUGGAGAAAGAGGCCCAAUACAUCAUGCACCAGUUGGUCCUUGCAGCCGCCAACCUCCAUGCAAAGGGUGUCUUUCAUCGGGACAUCAAGUUAGAAAAUAUCCUGAUUGAGACGACACUUGAACGACGAGUGAGAAUUAUCGAUUUUGGUUGUGGCACACUUGCAAAGGAGGGAUGGUACAAGUGUUUUGCAGGUACGUGGGACAUUUGGCCUCCUGAAUGUCAACUACAGCAGCAGUACAGGGCUGUUCCUUUCACCGUGUGGCAGCUGGGGGUGGUGUUGUACGAACUCCUGGGAAAUGACAUCUUUAACACCAAACAGUUCCUGGCAAAGGAACUGAACAUGAAUUUGAAAGCAUCUAAAGACUGCCAGGAUUUCAUGGACAAAUGUCUUUGCGUCCGUCCGGAGAAGCGACCUGACUUUGAGCAGCUGUUGGCUCACCCCUGGCUCCAGUUCGAGAAAAGGAGAGCAGCUUUAGAGAAAAGUGUCUUAGCAAUUGAGAAAACUGUGGCGACAGAAAAGGUUGCUGAUAAGCUGAGUUCUACUCUCUCAUGGGUGAAGAACUCUGUGUCCUACACGGUCAGUCAGAUGGCUAGCCAAGUGGCCACACCUACAUCCCUGCAGACCACCGUCACCUCCUCAUCCACAUCUCUGUCCUCUCCUGCCCUCUCCCCGUCAUCACCACCACUGCUUAGUCCUGAUGAUGUGGAACUGUUGGCUAAACUUGAGGAGCAGAACAGCUAUAAAUCACACAGCCUGGCUGCAGCUCCUCGGCGCGCUCACCUCCUCAUGAGUUCUCUCAUGAUAGUGUCCAUCAACUCCUGCUCACAGACCGAUUGCCAGGUGGCGACAGAAAAGGUUGCUGAUAAGCUGAGUUCUACUCUCUCAUGGGUGAAGAACUCUGUGUCCUACACGGUCAGUCAGAUGGCUAGCCAAGUGGCCACACCUACAUCCCUGCAGACCACCGUCACCUCCUCAUCCACAUCUCUGUCCUCUCCUGCCCUCUCCCCGUCGUCACCACCACUGCUUAGUCCUGAUGAUGUGGAACUGUUGGCUAAACUUGAGGAGCAGAACAGUUCCCAGUGGAGAAGUGAGGACGAGGCGAACAUGAGACGUCGUGUCGGUAACCUGAGAGGAGCUGCGUUCUCUCGCCUGCAAAACCGCAUCGACACGUUUGUGCGCCGGACAGCUGUCCCCGGGCGUAGGAUUGUUGUGUCAUAUUUUAACCCUUUAGCGCCCGCCCUCAAACGAGACCAUGCUGCCCAAUAA